CACUUUCAUUUUCAUUAAUCUAUUCAACUGCAACAACAAUCUGAUCACUGUAAGAGAUUGUACCUAAAGUAAGACCUUUAACUAUAUUAAAUAAAAACAUAUAUUAAGCCUAUUAUUUUAUGCAAUAAAAACUGCAAGAAUCAAUAGAAGACCUUUGCCUUGCCUUUGCCUUUGGCAUUCAUUUCAUUGCUUUUUAAAAUAAUUUAUUGCCUGCCUUUUGAAUUAGCUGCCUCAGUCGGCCUGGGUCUUAGAAACUUUUUAAGAUUAAGUCACAAAAUAAAUAUUUUGAGAUAUUCAAGUUCAAGUAUUCUUUUCGUCGAAAUUUUCGUCUAUAAAAGGUGAUCAUUUUCAUAUAUUGAGCUGUUUAAAGGGACUUAGGCUUGGGCCUUAGCCUUAGGCUAAUAAGUUGGCAAAUUUUAAUCAUUAAAUUAAAUGAUAAGUGUUCUGACUUCAAAUUGUGCAGUAUAGGCCUACUUGGCUAAACCGAAUAACAAAAGGUCACAGUUUAGAUUGAUUUGGCAAAAAAUGUGAUUUCAAUUUAUCAAUUAUUUUAAAUAAAAAGUACGAAGACGAAAGGCCUAUUUAAUUGACUAUGUAGUCUAAUGUAGUAUAAAGUAUAACAUAUUUAUGUAUUAUGUAAUCAUGAUCAUGCCCUGCCAUUUCUGAAAUGGCAUGAUUGAAUAAAUAGGCCUAUUAUAGUAGUUACCAAAUUUUGUUUCAUGGCCAUGCGUGGCAUCAAAGCUAUUCGACACUUCUUCUUCUUCUUCUUUAUUUUGAGGGCCCACGAUCACUGAUUAUUUUUUUAAAAUAUAUUUAUAAGCCUAUUAAUAUUAAUUGGUAAUACCGAUAAAUUUUGCCAAAAUUUGUUUUAGCAGAAUGGGUAUGGGUUUUGCCAAGAACUGUCUCAUCCUAAUCGCAUGACAUCACUUUGGGAAAUCCCAUCACUGGACUAAGAGUGAAUUUGUCAGACCUGAACCAUAUUUGUGAUAGCUUUCCUGUUCUUCACUGAGCAAUAUUUGUGUUAUAAACUACAUCUGACAUUGACUUUUUAUUAAAUUUCCACUUGCAAGGUUAAAAGAAACAAUAAAAGAAACACAUCCUUGCUGAUACCCAAGAUGAAAACCAGUGAAAAAAAGACGCUUACUAAUUGGGAUGUCUUUUGUUAGUUGAAAAUCAAAGUAUCGGCUAAAACCUUGGUAAAACAAGGGAGACUACUACUUAAUUGGUAUUCAAAGUGCAUAGUUUGAUAAGUUACAAUUUAUUUAUAAUUGCAUAACAUCUUUCAAUUACUUGUUAACUUCAACAAGAGUUUUAGUAUUUGACACAAAGAGAGGAAUAAGGUCACAGAAUGUGUGAGAACUACUAAAGAAGUUGAUUUUGGUUUCAUUUUUUAAUUUAAGUUUGCUCCAUUAGUCUGUACUAAUUUGAUAAUUUGUUCAUUUUCAAAAAAAAAUUUAUACUCACGUACCUAAUCAUUUCUAUCAUUUCACGGGACAUUUAAACAUAAUUUCCUGGGGAGGGGAGACCUCUCUCCAGAACCCCACUUUUCAAAAAAUAAUGAGAAAUUAAUCUCUUGUUUUAAGUUAUGGCUCGUUCAAACAGUGCCUAACAAAGGACGAUACCAUAGAUAAAUACAAUAACAAAAAUACAACACCCAAAACAGUACCAAUCACAAUUAAUAAGAUUUAAUUUAGUAAUAAUACAAUUACAAAACAAAAGAAAUAUAAUUACAAAUCAUCAACUUACAGAGUACUCAGUUGUUAGUACAAUGUGCCAAUUAAUAAUGAUGAAUGCGAAUAAUCACAUAUGAGCACACAAAGAAUAAUACAAUUGUCUCGUAAAGUUAAUAAUAUCUAUCUCCGUCUAUCUCAAUCUCCGUCUGAAUCUCUUUCCCUCUCUCCGAAACCCUUUAUUUAUAUUGUGGGUCUACCGACGCGUCCAGAAAUGCCUUUACUUUUAUAAUACAAUCGUGAACAUUCGACAAAACACCACUGAGAACAAAUUAAUUAUUUUUAGUUGCUGUCGGCAAUAAACACGACAGAUCAAAAGACUAAGCCACGCCCAUCUAUGAAAGUAGUGUCUCAUGUGGGGUCAACCAGAGUGCACGCACAGGGAAAGUGUUGUAAACAAGCUCUUCAUAACAAUAAAAAAGGAGAAAACAAAAAAACUUGGAUUAAGUAAAACACAAAGAUCAAAAUCUUUUAAACACUGGGCUGUAGACGAAAUUUGACCCGGGGGAACAUCUAAGACCUAUAUAACAAGGAACACAUCGCCAGCCUUUAACUUUCUAAACUGUUGACCAGAAUGUGAGUCCCUUAAAAAAAACAAAAAACUAUUGCUGAAGAUAAAUCACUUUAGCUCUAAGCAGUAUCAAUUAUAAAUAGAGUUAACUAUACUUACAUUUUAGAAAAUAUUAGUAUCACAUAAUCGAUGACUAAAAUGAAGAAACUAAACCCCUUAACUCUUUUUAGGAAGAUUAAGAUUCAAGACCACAUGCUUAGUGAAUGAAUCCAAUAGUAUCUUUUGAUCUCAACAUAAACUAGAAAAUUUAUUUUAUUGUAUGUAAAACUGGAUGCUGGUAAUUUAAAUUAAUAAAUAUCAAAUUCCUCAUAAUAUUUAAUACCUCUAUUGCAUCAUAUUCCCUGCACUUCUUUUUUUUUUAACAGAGGUUUUUUAUUUAAAAAAUGACGUCUGGUUUUGAGAAAAGAGAAAAGCGAAGGAAUAUAAGACAACUUCAGCACGCAAUAUCAGAAAAAGAUGUAGUUACUGUAAAAGAUAUAUUAAAUACUGAAUUUGAAGUUGAUUUCCAAUACAACAGCCAGACUUCACUGCAACUUGCUGUGUGCCAAGGCUCUGCUGAAAUUUGUUCCCUCCUGGUGGCGAAGGUUAGUUCAGUUAAAUAUUUUAAUUCUUUUUAUACUAGACUGAAGUGAUUGAUAUAUUUAUUAAAAUCUAAAUUUAAACAAAUAUUUUUUUAACCCAUGAAUUGUUGUCGACUGAAAAAAUCGGCCGAUAUUCUUGUUCUGUACUGUGGAGGCCGAAAAAAUCGCACAAUUAAAAACACGGUCCAAUAUUCAACCGGAAUUAUAGCCACUUCCCUUUUAUAAAUAAUUAAAUCAUCUUCCGAGUCAAGUUGUUUGUUGAUAACUUAGCAAUAAGUACUUUUUAAUAGGAGUUUUAUAUCGCUGUUUUUUUAAAGCUAAAAUGGAUGAAGCCAUGGCUGGGCCUUCAGUACGAGAAGUAAUAGAAAUAUUUUUAAGGAGAGGAUUUAAGUGAUACUGAUGAUGAUUUUAACAUUCCCCAUGACGAUCUCAUUUAGGAUUCUUCCUCUAGUGAAUCUGAUCUAGAACUCUAGUGGGUCAUGAUCUGAUACUAGUCUUAUUGAUACUGAAGUAGGCCUACUGUUAGACUUCGAGCCCAGGCCUUGAGUUUGGGCAAAGACUGACUGAAUUUUAGUCACAGAAGCUAAAGAUUAUAGAUCAGAUUAUAGAUCAGAAAUAAUACAUUUUAUAGUUAAACAACCCAAAUCAGUGCCACUGUUCGUUUUUAAAUGUUUACUAGUCAAUAAUAAUUUUUUUCCCUGAGAUUUUUGUAUGUUGUACUUGGUUUUAGCUGUGGUCCCAGGUUCAGUAAUAAAUGACCUAAAAUUACUAAAAUCGCUUUGUAAACAAAACCAUAGCAACCUAUACAUUUUCUGUAAUUUAAAUGAAUAGGCAACAACAUUUACAUUAGUAUUUUAAUGGAAUCUAUAUAAAAAUUAAUGAUCUUAUGAGCACUUGAAAGCAAGACAUUUUGACAUUUUUUUUUUUCCUUGAGCACUCCAAGGUCAAGGACACUGAACAAAUUUUUUUUAAUGUGUGGGCAAUAUAGCCAACUUCAUCCACAUCCAUUUACCUUUCUAAAAGUAUUUACUUAUUGAGACUUGUAUCAAUAUUUCUAUGUCAUUUAAUGCUAUUUCUAAAAGCACUCAAAAGGCUCUGAAAAGCUUCCACACUUCAGAAUGAUCUAUGCCACAGUUCAUGGGUUAAUAAAUAAAUAUUAAAAAAAAGUUCAGCCAUUUAUAAUAUGAUUCAUGUAUUCGUUAGAACUUUUCAUAUGAAUGAAGAUCAUGGUACAAAACAGGAUGUCACUAUUUAGCGCCCUCAAGAAAAAUAAUUUAUUUUCAAUGAUUUUUGUGUGCAUACAGGAAAUUAAAAAUUAUAUCAAUUUUGAAAUGUUUUCUAGAGAAAUGUUUCCAAAACUUUUAAGUCUAAUGUACCAGUGGAUAAGUAUCCCAUUGCACCGAGGACUGGUGCCAGAUUUAUUAAUUAUUUUAGCUUUUUAUUUGAUCCUAAAUUUAUCAUUAAAUAUUCUUGAAUCCGCAAUAAGCCAAUUUAAAAGACUUUAUAACUAUUACCAUUUAAUGCUAGGUGUUAAAAGCUUUUCUUGUAAUGCAGUUUAACCUUUUUAUCCAGUUCCUUUUUUUCCUGUUGUGCAGACCAGGAAGGUAAGGCUCUGCAGACCACCAUUUUGGGGAAACACUGUUCUAUUGCCUGUAUUAAAUGUAGAAUUAUUUAAACUGACACAUUAUAGAAUAUUUAAAUUGAAUAUUGGCCAAACUUUGAAGAUUUUAAUGUGUUACCACCCUAAGCUGUUUAACACUUUUCUGCUCUUUGGGAUUAACCGAACUCUGAGAAAUGUUGCCUCAAAAAUGGCAAAAUUGAUAAACUGUUAAACAAACAAACAGAAAUGUCAUGUAUUAAUAGGUUUUAAAAGGAAGAACCACCAACUGAUUCUGGUAUUGGACUAUAAAUGGAUUUUGUGUGUUUACAAUUUUUACAAUGGGCAUUUGCAUAAAAUUUUCUAACAAAAACCAGGGUGCCAAUGUCAACCAGGCAGAUGCAGAUGGGAAUUCAUUGCUCAAUAUGUCUUGUUGGAGGGGCUAUGUUGAUGUUGCCCAGCUGCUUAUUGAAAAUGGAGCCAAUGUUGACUCACAAAAUGAAUCAGGGAAUUCCUCAUUGAAUGUUUGUGCCUACAAAGGUUUCUCGGAGAUUGCUGAGGUAGGUAAUUAAGUUUGUGAUUUUUUACACCUCAUAAGAAAGAUUGCUAUGUUUCAUGGUGACAAGGGCACAUCUUAUCUUAUCAAAAAGCUUAUCUCAGAAAAGGCCAGCACUUAUGAAAGAGAAGUUAAUAAAAUAAAAAUAAAAGCAAUGUUAAAAUCUAGGAGAUGUGAGUUUCAUUGCUUUAAGGCUCUUUUAAUCUACCUCUCAAUUGAUUAACUUUUUUAAAAACCUAACAACAGUACUAAAAAUAAUAUAAUUGUAAUUGUUCAAAUAUAAUGCAAAGAGGUAAAUUUUCUUAAAAUCUUGAACUAUCUUAAACUCAUUAAUUCACUAGUUGCUCAAAAACAGUUGGUAAUGCAACAAUUUGACAAUGGUACCGGUACCAGCAUGGUUGGAAUCAAACCUUAAUCCUUAAAAAAGAUUUAAGAGCCCCUAAAUUAACAACAUUAACAAAAUUUUACCCUUUGAUUGAUUCAUUCAUUUCUCAUGUGCCAAUUAGUGCAUAUAGUUUUAUAUUGCAUACAGUUAUGGGCAUGUAAUUUUUUUUCUCAUAAAACUAUUUGCUGCUUGGGGCCUCUUUCUCGAGAACCUUGUUCCGCUGCAAGAUUCAAUGUUUGUUACCACAUUGCCAUUGUUAAAAUUUGGCAAAAGAAAAUGUAUUUCUGUUGUGCCUCAUAGUCCUUGCUGUCCUAAGCAUAUGCUUACUUUGAUUAAUGAUUGAUCCAGCCCUUAGCAAGCUAGCAAAUAAAUAAAGCCAUUCAUGUUUUUUUUAUUUUCUUAUUAAUUAAUAUUUGUGAACAAAUGCUUCAGAUGAAAUUUUUUUUUAUUUUUGGUUACUUUUACCAAAACACAUUUUUGGGGGAAUGCAGAUUCUCAUUUCAGCUAAAUGUAGCCUGAACCUAGCCAACAGCAGAGGGCACACACCAUUGUACUGUGUGUCACAGGCAGGAAAUGCUACUAUGGUAAAGCAGCUGCUGAAGGCAGGGGCUGACCCUGAUUGGGGAGAUUAUGUCCUCAAGACCCCCCUGAUGGCAGCUGCAGAAGCUGGACAUUUGGAUGUAGUCAAUGCACUUUUGGAAGGAGGUUAGUUUGUUCUAGAGAGAAACCUUUCAUUUGCACAUAUAGCCAUUAAAAAGUAGGUAGAGAUUUGCAUUUUAUCAAUGUAGUUUAAGUUAGCACCAAGGAUAUAACCAAGAAAUCCUCACCUUUUAGUGAAAGAAACUUUUAUGCUUUCCUAUUUAAAAAAAAACCUGAAAUAAGCAGUUUAGUGUUUGUAAUUAUUACAGUAAUAUUAUAAUAGAACUGAAUGAAAAUUUGAUGAGCACUGAAAAUAUAUGUAUAAUUUAAAAAUAAUUAUAAUUACAUCAACAUUAUAAAAUUAAAUUAUUUAAUGCUAUAUUGGGGCAUGCUCUGUAUUCUAAAAUAAAUGUAUAACUUUUUGUUUGGCCUCAUGUUUCCAUUUAAACAUGUGUUAAUAAUUGAAGGGGCUGAUGUGAACAGACAAAGCCGCACAGGGAGGACAGCAGCUUAUGAAGCUGCAAGUAGCGGACAUAACAAUAUUCUUCUCUCUCUAGUCAAAUACAAGGCUAACCUGAAUCUUUCCACCACGAAGGGGAUCACCCCACUUUUAGGUAAACAUAUUUAAAAAAUGACACAAUCCAAAUUUGGCAUGCUUAACAAUCAUUUUGUAAAGUAGUUUGUAUCAUUGGAAAAUAUUAAGGACAGCCAGCAAUGUUGAUGAAGGGUGAGAACUGUGGUCGGGUUGAAAUUAGGAAAUAAAAACACAAGGUAGGGGAAAACUUCAAAAAAAAAAAAAAGACUUAACGAAACAACAAAUGUGUUGGCAAGAAGCCUUCAUCAGCAACCUGCCCAGUACAAAAAGAUGAUUAAAAGGUGUACAAAAUAAAACUUUAGGUUGUGUCAGGGAGAACUGCAAAAUGAUAGGGCUUGGUUGAAGUCAUUUAUUUUGUUUGUCUGUUCAACUGAUUUGAGUAGGGACAGGAAGGGAUUAAAAAAUGCUGCACUUAAAAUAAAAGUAUUGUCAUUUUCAAAUAAAAUAUAAGAUGACUAGGGCCCGACUGGGUGCAGAUUUUUUUGAGAAAAUAUCCGGUGAGUCCAAGUGUUAUCAAAAAAAAAAUAGUUAACUUCUCAUUUACUAUAUAUUAAUACAUGCCGGCCUUUAAACAAUAGGCCUGCAGAUAGUCCUAAACCCUACUUGCUGUCCUAUAAAUAAUAGUCCUACAGACAGUCCUUCACCACACCCGUGGCUCUUUAUUGUUUAAUAUAAUAGUCACCUCCUCCAAAAAUUUUUUUUUGAUCUGAGUUCACACAUUAUGCAUGACAGCCUUUUUUUCACUCGUGCUAUUAAUAUGAAACAUGUGGAGCUGGGGAGGGGCCAUUUUUUGAAGAGGAAACAGGUCACACCAGAAUAAAAAUAUAUAAGACAUAAGUCACAAAGUUAUUUUCUGAGUCUAUUAUUUUUAACUUUUAAAAUUCAUUGUUACUUUUGCAAGGGGUUUGAGACUUAGCAAAACAAAUUGUAAGGGGUGCAACACUAGUCAAAUAAUUCAAAAGGGGUACAGAGUAUAUUGACAUGGAUAGGAAACAAUGUUCCAACAUAUCAAAAUUUAACUUAAUUUAACUUUUCACAUAUGGCAUUCUAAUCAUCAAAAUUUUUACUUCUUUACUGAAGCAUUUAGAAUUUAAUUAAUUUUUUAUUUUAUUUUGUAAUUACUCAUCCAGAUAUUAGAAAUAAAAGAAUUCUUAUAUUUAUAUUUAACAUGGCCUAAGGGCAGAAUGGGAAUUGUCAAGGGUAUGAGAAUCACUGUUCUUAGUAUUUCUUAGUAUGAACGGUUGUUACAUUGAGCUGUGCGCAUUGUUAAUGAUUGGUUAGUGAGCGUAUUUGGUGUUGAGAUUUAUUGUGUAGCUGUUGUUUGUAUUUGUGACAUUUGUUGGUAUGAGAGAUGACACAUUGUUUUGAUGGCUUUAGAUUUAUGUUUGUUUUUGAGUGAGUGGAUCUUAGAUUAAACAAGAGGAAUAAAAAGGAGUGCUAGAGUUCUUAUUAUUGUGUUGUUAAAAGUAUUAAGUGUUAUGGAUUUUCAUCUCUGAAGAGUAUGAAUAUUAAAGAAUAACUUUAAUUUCAAAAAGCCUUACUACUUAAUUUGUGUUCCCAAGCAUUACUGUAAUCCUUGUGGGAUGAGAGUGACACAGUGUUAAAACAAAACCUAGACAACUUUACCAGAAAUACAGGAAGGCGUCUCAACAAGAAUAUUUAAUCAGGAAUUAUGUUGAAUAGAUUUUGUUGUGUUGAAAAUUUUGAAUUUAGUUUAAUACUCAGAUCUAGCAGCAGACUAUUGAUAGCUGUUCAACCUCGCUCUAAAAACCUGAUGGUGGGAAUGAAUAAGUGACUAUAUAUAUGAUGCCUAACAGAAUCACUGCUCCCCCCAAAAACUUAAAAGCUGAGAGUCUUAAAUGGCUAAAAUCCAGCAUGUAGUGGAAUUGACAUAAUAAUUUAAAAGUGUUUUUAUAUCACUGAUCAAAUGAUUAAUGUUUUGUCAUAUUUUAGAAGCAAUUUCAAGCAAUCAUACAGGAGCUGCUAAAAUUAUCAUUCAGUCUGGAUGUGAUGUUAACCAGGCAGAUAGGCUGCACUGGGCUCCAAUUCAUGCAGUCAUAAGGCAGGGUAAGAUGGGAAAUAUUGUAAAUCAUUUUCAACAAUUCCAUUGUUUAACUUAAUGUUUGUAAAUCGAGUUCUCUCUUUUUUUUUUUUUUAAAACAAAUUUAAUGUAAUGUCAAAUUUUUACACCAAACUCACAACCCUUUAGAAAUAUUAAAUUUAAAGGCUCAUCCAUUUUUAAAAAAAAUUUAAAAUGUAAAUUUCUGGAAAAAAAAAAAAAAAAAAAAAUCUAAAAAAAAAAAAAAAAAAAAGGGGUUCAUUACUUUUGGAAAUAAGGUUACUAUAAAAAGCACAGAUAGCAUCAUUAUUUCAGAAAUAUAUUUUGUUCUCUUUCAGUGUCCAACAUGUUUGAUCCGGGUGAUAAUGAAGAGAUGCGUAAUUUGGUUGGGGAGCUGGUGGCUGCUGGAGCUGAUGUAAAUAAAUAUGAUGGAGAGCAUUGGACUCCACUUUAUCAGGCUGCCUCAGCUGGUGAUUUAGGUAAUCAUUUUAAAUCUCUAUUAAGAAUCCCUCUAGGCUUUAUUUCUGUUAUACAUGGCUUGAUAAAUGUGUAAGGCUUUAAUCUACUCAGAGGUAUGUGUUAAAUGUGCUUUUUACUGAGAAUCUUGUGUUUUUAUCAAGAGUAACAGCGGUUAGAUGUAAUUUAUUUUAGACACGGUAGGCAUAAACCAAUACAUAUUGACAUCCAUUAUAUUGGGACCGGCUGAAGACAAAUCUGCUACUGACAUGAUUAUCCAUGAUCUUUGAAAAAAACUGAGAACUCUGCGCGAACAAAAAUCCAAGACUCUGUUCAAAAUGCCAAUGUACGCUUAAGAAUCUAACAGCUGUUCCGAUCACACAAUGACUCACUGAACGCCUUGCUACAGAAUGAUUUUGAGGAACAACAAAAACUCAGACAAAGACUUUCAAGACGGAAAACAAUUUGUGCAAUGCAAUCAAAACAAAUGUCCAUUUAUUUUAAUAGAUAAAAGCAUUUUAUCAUAAAAUGAUUGCAAGUCCAAUCCCCAAGUAAUGUUUAAAUUUGUCUUUCAAAGUGUUAUUACCUUGUUUGUUAAUUAUUUCUUAAAUGAUAUAUUCAUUACUAAUAAAUAAUUUGAUGUUUCAGAUCUCUGUAAAUUCUUGCACGAGAAAGGAGCUGCUAUUGAUAAGGUAACCCUAAAAGGGGGAUCUAUCCUGCAUGCAGCUGUGUAUGGAGGCAAUUGGGACAUUGUAAAGCUGUGCCUUGAUGCAGGUUAGUAAUUCAGUGCAAGAACAAAUACUUUAUUUUUUUGUUCACAUCAGAUUAACAUGUACCAGUAAUAAAGAUAUACUAAUAAUCGUAUAUAAAAAAAAAAAGUUGCAUAAAAACUUCCACUUUUAAAUUUAGAACCAGGCAGAAUGACAUACUGAUAUGCAUUGGGUUCCAUUUGGCAUGAAUGAGUCUCGCUUAAUUAAUUAAUUGAUACAAUUAAUACAAUUUUUGAUUUUAGUGAAAGCUAUCUUUUAAGUCUUAAUUUAAAUUAAAUUAUAUCAAAUGCUGCAUUGUCUUUUUACAUAUCGAUUCCAUCAAAAUCUCCCUGUGAUAUGUUUAUAUCUUAAUAUUAUUGGAAGAUGUGGAUCAAUAUGAUAAAAGUAGAACAUGAUUUGAAUGUAGUAUUAUCUUCUUGUUUUAAAAAAAAACCAACAUUAUGCAUGUGCUAGAUGAACGUGCUUCCAUCCACAUCUCCCCCUCAACCACACACAUAAGCUUUUCCUUAUGUAAUGUCCUAAAAUAGUUUUUUAUUUAAUAAAAAGGAAAUAUUGAUUGGAUUUGGCUAAACAUACAUUUUCAUUGAUACGAAAUACCUUUCAAAGCUAAGCCUAGCAAAUCUUGACUUAUAACUUACAUACACUUCUCUACAAUAAUCAUCUGUGGCAAAGCAAAUUAAGUAGUGAUUAGGAUUAUUUGUAUUUUAACUCUUAAGGAUUUUUUAUGUAAUGUCUUUAAGUCCUUUUUUACCUUGAAAAUUACUAUCACAAUUGCUUUGGCCAAAAGGACAUCAUUCGGGACACAUAAGCAAUGGUUUGGAUCAGGUUUAAGAGAAAAAGCAUUUUCUUUGUCAGGUUGCAAAGUGAAUGCAGUAGAUGACUAUGGCCAACAUGCUCUUCUGGCUGCCCUUUCUUCACGAUGUGACAUCAAGGUAAUCAUGGUUCACAUAAGAUAAAUACUUAAAAUUAACUUCUGUGUCCAUUGACUCAGUGUUUUACAAUCUCUUUCAUCAAGGUGAUCAUAGCAUACAAAACUUUGUGAGCUAAAUGGCAUUUGAAAUUUGAUAAUGUAGGGAGAAUGUGAACAGAGAUCCACAGAAAUCUUUUUUACUCAAGGAGCCCUUUUUAGAGUCACUUUCUAUGUGGGUGGAGCCCCUAAGUUUUACAAGUUUGUGGAAUUAACACUACUCCUGGUGUUACAGAGGGAGGGAGCUGUCGUUGAACCUCGGAGAUGUGCUUGUGGAGAUUUCAAACUUGGGAACCACUGAUCUUAGCUUUACUUUGACUGUCAAGCCUCAGAACUAUCUGGUGGUUUCUGUACUUCAAUUCAGACACAUGAUUCAUUAAAAGAUAAGACAAACUCUAUGUUUAGAUCUCUCAAUAUAUUGUAGGAUCUACUUUCAUCAAAUUCAUCAGCACAUGAUAAAAACAUUUGAAAGGAAUGAGUUACUUCAAUAUGAGUAAUCAUCAACCAGUAUCAAAUUUUCUUAAAAAUGAAAACUAUCUAUGUUAGCUUUUUAGUAGUUGUGCCAUCAUUGGAGAAAAUAAAAUCUUUAAGAUGACCCUAUAAUAGUUCAAACUUUCCCUAGACUAUAACAAUCUUUACUACGCAAAAAUAAAUGUAUACAACCCUUCAUGGAAGUAAGACAAGUGACAACUAUAUUAACUUCUAACUUCAUUGUCCAUUAUUUGCUCCACUUAAACACUUUUCAAAAACUGGAAAAAACAAUAUCACAUUGAGGGUCAGUGAGUUAUAGCAGAGAGCUGCUCUUAUAUUCAGAAGUAUUUGUGCACAAAGAAUACUAUGCUAAUAUUUUGUCAUUUAUCCGUUUGAAAAACUUACAUAGGCAAAUUCAUAGUUUUUUCCAACAUCAUUCCACAGUACCAGGCAACUGUCUUCAAAGUUCUUUCAGUCUGGCUUAUAACUAUAUAACCUAGUUAAAAUGCAAAGCUUAUUAUGUGAUGAAUAAUUUUUCUUUAAAAAUGCAUGUUAUUUCCAGAUUAUUGAAUUGCUUCUAGAAUCAGGCAGUGAUGUAAACAUUGGUCACAAGGUCACAAAACAGACAGCCCUGCAUGAAGCAGUGUGUCAGCAUUACAUAUCGGCAGCUCAUAUGCUCAUUGAUAAAGGUAAAAAAACAACAAAAAACACUUUUUAAAAAAUCUAUCAGUAAUAUAAGAAUUUUUGUUUAAAAAAUCUAUCAGUAAUAUAAGAAUUUUUGUUAUCCGGACUAACAUGAUUUGAAUGUAGUAUUAGUCUAACAAUGACUUUGAUUACAGAGGGAGGAUUAUUUUUAGCAUGAGCUCCUUUACUAUAGCAAAGGAUUUUAAACAAGAUUUUUUUUUUUUAAACAUCUUAAGCAAGCACAUGUUCUAAGUUUUCUGGGUUAAAUCAUAUUAAAAUACUGCAUUGGAUUUACCUAAUGACAAUUGCAGCUUUUUAACCUGCAUGUUUUUAAAAGAGAUCAAACUAAAUUUUAUAUAUAAAUAUAUAUUAUAAAAAAAUCAUCUAGCAAAUAGGGAAAAUGUAAAUUAAUUCUUGUUGUGCUUUCUUCCCUUGAUUUAGGUAGCAGCUUGAGUGCUACAAACUCUGAGAGGAAAUCUCCUCUGUACCUUGCCUGCUGGCGUGGUCUCACUGAGACUGUUGCCUACAUGCUGGGCAAAAAGGGCUGCUCCACCACUAGCGCAUUUGUGUCUGCCUUGCCCAUUCAUGCUGCCGCAUCACAGAGCAGAGCGAGCACAAUUAAGAUUUUAUCUGACCAUGGUUGUAAUUUGAAUCAGGUAAGUCAAUGGGACUUAAACAGCCGGUGAUUAUUCCUCUCAGUAAAACUUCAUGUUAAACUCCCUCAUCGGUGCAAACAAAUAUUUUUAAAAGUUUUCCAAAAGAGUUGUUGUUCCUAUAUGUUGAACUUUUUAUUACGUUAUUACCUGCGACCAUAUUUUUCCACCUCAUGACAUAAAAGUAAUGUAUUCCCAUUUUAAAAAAAGGUGAUUUUUAUUAAAUUUUCUUGGCUUCCAUUUGAACAGAUGAAUGAAAAAGGUGAAACACCAGUGAUGGCUGCAUUGGCAGAAGAUAAUUUCUCAGCUGUGAGAGCACUCUUACAGUGUGGCUGUGAUCUGGAGGCCCAUAACAAGGUUUUUUGUUCUCAGUCUUCUUUCCUUUGAUUAAAUAAAAUAUUUUUGGCUUUGUUCUCGUAAUCUAAUUGGUCUUCAAAUAUUUUUAGAAACAAAGCCAAUAUGUAUAUAUGUAUGUGUGUGUUUAUGUGUGUUUAAACAUAUUUGCAAAAAAUAUGGGCAAUGAAGAUGUAAACAAAAAAGUUGGUUCUUUGUAUUUUAAUGAAAAAAUAAAAAUAUAAAAACAGCUCUUGGAAUCAGGCUGACAAUUGGUGGUAAUUUAGUAAAUCAUUUUUUUUUCUUCGUAUUUAAUGAAAUACUAAUUGUUGAAUUAUAAUAGUUUUAAGCUAAAAUAGAUUAUUUGUGAUUUAUUGAAAGAGGAGAAUAGUUUUCCAGUAACAUAGAUGACAGUGUCAGUUUGUUGAUUUAAAUAAAAAUAAGCAAUUCUUGUAUUAAUCAGCUACAGGAUGAACUUAACUAUUCAUUUAUUUCUGGAGAUUUAAUUUUUUUUUUUUUGUUAAAAAGAUAAUAUUGAAUUAAAACAACGCUUUAUAUAUGUUGCUUUAGUUGCUUUUUUUGAUACCUUUAGACUUUUUAUAGUUGUACAUAUGGCAUUGAUAUACAUUAGUGGUGUGUUCAUGAAAAAUUAAAUAUUUAAAAUCUGAUGCUUUUGAAAAUACUCUUGGAAUAGAUCUAUCUAAAAAAUAUUGCCACAAAAUGGGCUGCAGAGGCAGCCAUAUACUCCAAUAAUUGUUAGGUUAACCUCAGAUGUGUUACCAUGUGAAUAGGUGAGGCUGCCUCAGUUGUGUUGCUUGGUACAUGAAGAUCCCCAUCCUCACCUAGCCCUAGAGCCUCUCUUCCUGUCAAUGACCCAUAAAAACCUGGACAUGAUGAAAAUGCUGUUGCAGUGUUACAGGCAAGUUCAGAAGUCAUGUUAAAACUUUGCAACAUGUUUUUGUUUUAAAGGUUUCGGGUUUUUACUUGUUGAGUAAAUUGUGUUGCUAACACUUUCGGUUACAUUUUAGGACCUUAUUUAAAGUACAAGACCUAAUUAUUAUGGGAUAUUUUUUCGACAGGUUUGUACAUCAAAUAGAAGUUACAUUUAUAUAAUUUAAGCAGUUGUUGUCUUCUUGCUGUUCAGGAUAGAAAUUUAUAAGACCUGACUGACAUUAUCUCAGACCUGGUUUCUCUUACAAUUUUGUUAUUUAAAUAUAUAUACGGCUUUGAGAUGUCUUUUAUGAUUGUAAGCUGAGGUCUGACAGAACAUGGUUUAAGCUCUUUUUUUAAUCCCGCAGUGAUUGGACCAGGAUAUAAGAUUGGUUGGCACCAUUCAUAAUAAUAUUAAAUGGGAAAUGUGGGGUAGGGGGGCUGACUUACAGGUGGAGCUUACUUAUGGGCAGGGGGAGCUGGGACAUCAUUUGGGGAGGGUAGGGAGGCAUUAGCCCCACUUCCUCUUCCUGAAUUUGUAGGAAUAACAGUGUACUAGGUAUCAGUGUCUAGGACAGCAUAAAAUCGAAUGUAGCCAAAAAAAUAAAACUAUUAGGUCAUUUAAAAUUAACAAUAGAAAAAAUAAAUCCUAAUCCAGCAAUUCUUAUUUAAAUAGCUGAGGUGUAGCUAGGGUGGGUACCCCCAAGGUGACCGAUAAUUUUGCCUUCAACAAAAAAACUGCUGUUAUCUGAAACUGCCUCCCCUCCAUAUGGAGAAAAAAAUUACACUAAAGGCUGACUGCCCCCUACGCACACUUUUCAUACACCACUAUAUUUAUUAUACUGUAUUUUAAAAAAUUUACUAUUGUAAUAGGAUAAUGUACGAUUUUGUGCAGUGAUAUUGUACUAUUUUUGGAGUUCCAGGGUAACCAGGUCUGUUAUCCCUACCAUUUAAUUAGUAUUUAUUUCGAUUCCCCAGUAAGGUAACCAGUAUGUUUCAGUGUGCACACAUUUUCUUAAUAUGAUGUGUCAUUAAGGUUUUGUAUUUUAUCAUUUUGCAGACAUAUCCCAUGCAAAGUCAUCCAUUUACUUGUGGUGCUGCUGAAGAGAACACAAGGGAUAAACACACAUUACACACCCAAGCAAAAGCAAGACAUAUUUGAUCUGUUUGCCAUGAACACUUGCACACCUUUCACUCUGAGUGACGCGUGCCGACGAUGUAUUCGAGCCCAACUGGGGUCACCCAUCCAGUAUAAAGUAACUCAACUUCCUGUCGCAGAGAAAGUGAAAAAGUACAUCCUGAUGGAAUCAGAGUUUGAAGGUUGGGUGGAAUUGGAACAGGACAUGCCCGGCAGCAGUGGGUUUUCUGAUAUCUUCAUCCGCAGAGAACCUGUGUGAUAACACUUGCUUAUUGAUUUUGUUAUGGAACAGAGGCGGUCUUGAAAUUUUUUUGGGAGCGGAAAGUGCAUCUUUUAUCACUUGAUCCGUGUUUGUUGUUGCGAGUUUACAAAAGUUGAAGCUCUUGCAAUUAGCAGAACUGAUAAGUUGUACUAAUGAAUUAAAUUAAAGUUUGCUAAUUUUUUUUAAAACGGUGAAAGAUAAAAAUGGAUUUAGCGAUAAAAUCAGAAUAUGUCCAAAUUUUCACAAGGGUUCAAGCUGUGAACUAGCGUUUUAAAAGAAGGCACAAUUGAAAUUACACCUUUGUGCAAAAUAGUCCAGGUAAAUUUAAAAAAAACACAAAAAACUUUAAACUGCUUUUCAUUUUUCUCUCCUAUUAGAAAGUAAACCCAGCCACGUAAGCCUACAGCAACAGAUACAAUGUAUAAUUUUGACCUGAGAUACCAACCUGGUGAUAACAUGUUUUAUUUUUAACAUGAAUGAGAUGAAAGUGAUCAAAGAUGGUUUGUUUCAAAUAAGAACACUGCCUUAAGCUAAAAAUAGCGCUGUGUGAUGUGAGAGGUUGUUUUUUUUUUAUCAUCAGCAAAAUGCAUUUAUUAAGCUUUUGUAUAUAAAUGUUAUUUUUACUGAAAUGACACAUAUAUAUUGUUUUAGGUGCCUUAUUAUUGGAGAGCUUUUAUUUAUUAAUCAUUGUUUUAAAGAUGUCAUCCUUGAUACAUGUCCCCUAAAAUAAAUAACAUAGGCAAAACCAUUAUUUAAUGAGUCAUAGUAGACGAUGAUGUCAAUGAAACUAAACUAAAUUCUCUAGGCCCUCAAUGUUGAUGUUUUAAUAAUUCUACUACUACUACAUAAGGCCCUGCUUCUAAGUAAUCAGUUUUUGUCAUUCGGAUCUCAUGAAUGGAUCCUAAACAAAGUUUUUGGAAUCAAUAAGAAUAAUGUUUGGCAACUUGCAGCACAUCAUCUUGUCUAAUUUAUUUAAAAAAUUGGUAGAACAGACCAACAUCACAAUAAAGCAGUAUUGAAAAUAUGUUUAGAUUAUAAAUAUCACAAGUUUUUAAGUUCUUUUUAUUAUUUGUGUUGACUAGGUAAAAAGAACUGAAGAUUACUUUGAAAUAGCAACCAAGUAAAAUGAUUGUCAAUCUUGCCUGUUCUUAGCACUACCAUAGAGCAGUGCUUUCCAACCUAGUUUUGUUGGCAUUUUUUUUUCAACAUAGCUCAAAGUUAUAACAUUUUGAUAGCACAAAGAGACACAUGUCAUUUUAGAUAUUAUUAGUUUUAUUGCACAAUUAAGUGUAACAAUCAGUUGGCAAGCACUGCUAUAAAAAGUCUUAAGCAAAACAUGAAAAAAAAACACAUCAGAUUAUACAAAAGUAUAAAGCUAGGUAAUGUUAAAGAAUUCACCCUUUCAGUAUUAUUUUUGAUACUGCCUAAACAUGUCAUGUUCAUCAGCUCACAAGUGAGCUUCGUCAUGUGUCAUAAAUAUAAAACAAACCACUAUUGGUGCUAAUAUUCAGAGUGUGGUGUGUGAACAAGUCUUAUUUAUUAAAUAUUGUGCAUGAAAUUUGAAAGUAUUAUUGACAUCUGCCAGUUAUUGGGGUAAAGAAUUCCAUUGACUUUUUAUGUUCAAUUAAAAUUGUUACCAUUGCCUGGUAUUGUAAAGUCUGUAAUGUAAACCUUUAGUAAUAAUUCAUGGCAUUAUUUUAUCACAACAAAUGUCAUUAAUAAUACAUUCAGCAUUUUUUUUAAAAAAGGACAAUGGAUAAAGGAAAAAUAGGUAACCCUCCACUUGGUUUCUAACCUGACCUCAAAUGUGUGGCAGGUGAGUUUCUAGCAAUACACUUCAGGUUGUAGCAAUGAACUUAGUAGAAAAUGAAAAUAAUUUGAUUUGACAUUUAAUGGAAACCAUUACAAAAAAUUCAGAAUUUC